AUGCCGGACAUGCCGGCCCUCUUCCACCAGUCGGCCUCCCCACCCAAACUCGACCUUGCCAGCGCCAACUCCCAGUUCUUCCAAGUGCCUUCGUCUGCAUCCGCCUCUUCAUCACUCUACUCGCUGUCCGUCAGUCGCAAGCGACCUCGUCGCGACACCGAAAAGCUAUGCUCCAAAUUCGAGGCCUCGUCCGAGGUAGCCUCCGCCUCUCCACUGCUGCAGGCCGACUACCGUAAAACAAGCGGUCACGAUCAGUUCCUCCACGCUGCCGACCUCGACUAUCGUCCCAACCGAUACCGCGAGUCAUUCCUACCACCCUCGCUCGACAAUAGUGUCGAAACUAUAGACCCCGACCUCUACGGGACAAGCCGCAAGCGCAGUCGGCGCGACUCGAUCCUCACAUCACCCGGCGCUGAGGAUGUCAGCCCUAACACAAGAAGCAUCGGGUGGGGACGAACCGUGAUCAACGUGGUAGGCAAAGUCCUCGAUCUCUGCUGGUCAGGCACAUUCAAGGGCUUUUACGCCGGUGGGGGACAAGGCUACGACAUGCAGGCCGGCUCGCCAGCACCAUUGAAGGCGAGCUGGGAGACUGGGCCAGGUCCAGCUGAAAAAGACCGUAUCUUCCGAAGUCCAAUCCCCGGCCAAUACCCCGAAGAGGAUCUCGAUCGAAACUGGGUUGUUAUACCUUCCGGCCCGACCGAUCCUUUCGUUGGCGAUAGUGCUUGCAGUCCUUCCACACGUCCCCGUCGCCUUCACCAGGCGUCCAGUCCCCGUCGUCGGCCAGCAGUCAUGCCGAAGUUGCACAAACGACCCAGUUCGUCGAUGCGACCUUCCACGCCCACGAGGAAUCAGAGUUUGCCUUCCCCUCGAUUGAGAGACGGACCCGGCUCGGCUGAGAUGCAACGAUAUGCAGCACAGAUUCGCCGAAGGGAACGUGAAGAGGAUGCCAGUAUCAAGCGAUUGAAUCGCCAACUUCAAGCGAUGAUCCGAGAAGGUAAACAGGCCUUGGGAUCGACGGUGGAGGUGGACGACCUGGACAUGGACUUUGACUGA